GUGAUGAUGUAAUUAGCGCCGACUUCACGUUUUGAAGAUGGCAGCCGCCAUAAACACACCGACACCUGAGAUCGGUACAACGAACCAGACUGAUGAUGGAUAUGAUAAAACAUGCAUUUUCUGUAAAAUCGUGAAGGGAGAAAUGGGAACUGAGCUCCUGCAUAACGAUGGAACUGUGUCCUGCUUCAGAGAUAUCCACCCCGGAGCUCCUCAUCACUAUCUGGUUGUACCAAAUAAACAUGUGGGCAAUUGUAAAUCUCUCGGCAAAGAGCAUGUGCCAAUAGUGGAGAAGUUGGUGGAGACGGGGAAAGAGAUACUUCAGAAGAACGAUGUGACUGAUUUAAAUGAUGUUAGGUUUGGGUUCCAUUGGCCUCCAUUCUCUUCUGUAACACAUCUGCAUCUCCAUGUUCUCGCACCAGUCAGUCAAAUGGGCUUCAUGUCCCGCUUGAUCUACAGACUGAACUCGUAUUGGUUCGUAACGGCCGACCAGUUACUCCAAAGGCUGAACUCUAUGAGCUAAAUUUACAGGAAGUUCGAGGAAAACGAAUACAUUCAUGUUUGAGAUGCCCAGAGCCACGUUACCCAUAAUAACAGUCCUAGUCGAUAUGUUUGCGAUGACAAAGUUCACAGACAUGUGCCUCAGGGUUGUAAUACUCAUUAUGCUGUGUUUUCUGUUAGUUAUAUCAUCAGCCAGACAGGCUAAUCAAAUUUGAAGCUACAAGACUGCAGCUACUUUUCAAUUGCUUUGGGGGAGGGGUGGGGUAGCAUGCCGAAUAGUAAUGACAUUGAUAAAUUUGACAGAAUCAUUAAUCUUUUACAGAAAACAGUUGGGAUUCUUCCAGUUGUAAUAUGAUUUUUAAGGAUACAGAGCUGUGACAGAGUUUUUAAAUAUGAAUGAGCUAAAAAUGGUAAUUAAUCUUAAUAAUUAGCUUUGACCUUUAACCUCACACUAGCUGAAUGAUUUUGGCAUCAGAAUUCAUGGCAUGGUUUUUGUUAUUCUAUACUGCAACACUGAUGCAAGAGCAGUUUUUUUUUUCUUCCUUCAUAUGACACUAAAGGAAGUUUAUUAUUAACUCCGUUUAUGCCAGGACAGAGAUUAUACUAUAUUGCCUCUGAUGUAUUUAAUUAUUGAGUGGUGUAAGGCUGUAUGAUAUGUAUAAGCAUGUAAACAAAAUAAAUGAUAUCCUGCA